AUGGCCAACACACUCGAGAUUAUUGGUGGCUGCAGCGCCACCACAACCAGAAUGAUCUUAAAGCGGGAGAUGGAGAGAUUUGGCAGCGUCGACGUUUGCCAUAUGGGAAACCGCGAUAAUAUCGAGAAGGAGCCACCAUGGGUACGCUUCUCAGACUCAAAGGCGGCCGAGGCUGCACUGGAGGCGAUAUCAACAGGGCAGGUAGUGAUUGAUGGCAUCAUCAUCAAAGCUUCCAAGAGUGCGAGAAGAGGCCCACCGCUGGUGUCCCGGCAGCCUCGCGACAUGGAAAUGGGUAGCCGCGAUUUGUUCCUGCAGCGCCAAGGGCAGUCCGACGGCGGGGGGCAUGGCGGGCAUGGCGGACGACGGCCGAGGAGUAGGAGCCGAAGUCGCGGGGGUGGGAGACGCGAUCGCCGCCCACGUCGCUCCCGGUCUCGUCGACGUCGCAGCGACUCCAAACGACGGCGGAGCAGAAGCAGGAGCUGA